UUUUUAGUGCGGAAAAUGACGUGAAAAAUGAUGCGUAACAAUAUUCCUUCAUAAAUAAACGGAUAUUCUUUACUAAAAAAACGUCUUCGUAACUACAACAAAAAUUGAGAUACGCGUUAAACGUUAGUUUUAACCAAAACAGUCAGCAAUAUGAGCAAUUAAGCUUCAUAAUCUAGUUUUGGCAUAUAGAUGAAAAUCUUCGUAAUAUAUCUUCAAGCCUCAAUUCAAAUGGUUUACAAUAAACGUUGAAGCUCCAGCAUAUUAAGUUUAUCGCCGUCUUCUUGAGUUUAUUAUACAUAAAAAAAUGCGUCUUCAACUUCCUCAGAUACCAAAACCUCAGACCGAUGAGGAAAGAACAAAGGAAGGAAAAAUGGCCGAAGUCAAUGUUGUGGACGAAAAGAGAGCCGAAACAUGGGUGACGGACGAAAACAAGACCAGUGUCGAAUCAGGAAUAUGGAAGAAGAUUGGGGCGAAGGCGUGGAGUGUGUUUUUGAUGAGUUCUGCAAUAUAUGGAAUGCUAUUUGUCAUUUUUGGCCACCUUGCCAUCCCAGGGAAAGAAAACUCAUUCGUGUUCACGAUUUUCAUCAUGUGUGUGUGGGCAUAUGUGCUUUCUAUGGGAUUUGGUGCGUUCCUUUCUCCCGAAGUGGGCAUGCUGCUUGCCGGUGUCAUAACUCGCAGCAUGAAACAAUACCAGGAUCUGCUGAGCCCUGAAGCAUUCAUGUCGGAACAGCAGUACCACUUAGUUAGACAGGUUGUAUGGACUAUUCUCCACGUGUCUCUGGGGGUCAUUCUUUUCAGGGUGGGAAUGAGUUUGGAUCUGAAAGUGGUGUGGACGAGGAUGUGGUCUGUUUUAGUGAUGGCUCUGGUGCCUGCAUGUCUGGUCGAGGCACCUGUUGUGGCUGCUGUGUCGUAUGGACUUAUUGGCUGGCCGAUCAAGUUCGGCUUUCUGCUUGGAUUCAUUCUGGCUGUGUCCUCCCCCGCCCUUGUCGGCAACUCACUCCUGCACCUCAAUUCCAAAUGGGACAGCUUCGUGAACAAAGAGAUAUACGCAACUGUGGUAGCAUCUAUCAUGCCUGCUCAAAUCUUGGUCUCCAUUGCUGCCGUUGUUCCUAUUUUGGAAUCCUCCUUCAGCCUCCAACCCAAUGGACUAUUCGCCCCUUACUGGCCUCUGAUGUCACUCGGAACAAUCUGCAUCGGGGUUCUGUUUGGGUUCAUCCUAUUCUACUUGCCUUCUUGUGAGACAACUUGCACUACCGAAACAACUAAGACUUCUAAAUGUAAACUGUACGCGUUGGUUGUCAUGGCGGCAUCCAUACUCAUUAUGGGAGAAGCAAAAUUCAUGGAGGAACAGAACAACAUUCCAGUUAGCAUCACUGGGUCUCUCGCAGUAGUGCUUUUCGCCGCCGUACUCGGUCGCAACAGCCGCAGUGUGGAUCGGACUCUGAAGAACUGGUCCACUGCCACCUGGUCCUGUCUUCAAUUGCCCAUGUUUGCUCUCAUGGGAUACAUUGCUCUGCAUGUGUUGGUUGAGGGACGGCAGUCUUGGAUGAAUCCGGACUACUUUGACGAGACGUGGAGACCAUAUGAUGAGAUGCUGGCAAACCGAAAUGUUGUGAGUGGAGGUGUUGCCGUGGCUGUGAUUUCUGCAGGACUGGUGGCUCGCUUGACAUCGUCAUGUUUCAUUGCCCGGCGUUCUGGAUUCACCAUCAAAGAAUCCCUUUUCAUUGCUAUUUCCCAGAUUCCCAAAAUGUCUACAAUGACAUUCCCCUGCUGGGUCAUUUGGGCGAUGAAGUCUAAAGAAGGUGUCUAUGACGAGGUGACGAGCUCGAUUCUGAAGGUGUCUGCAAUUGCAGUGCUGUUCACUGUACCUUUGGGAGUAAUUGCUACCAAGUGCGGAGGCAUAUGGCUGCUGGAACGGUGUGGAGCUGAACCGGCUCCUGAUGAUCCUAAAUGGAACAAAGAAAACCCAGAAGCCAAAGAUACCCCUCCAGAAAAAGUGUAGAGAGGGUUGAACACGACUACGGACAAAAAAAUAGAUUCAGAUUAUUUGAAAAUGCGCAUACAAAACAACUUACACUUAUUCGCGAAACUAUGAGACCUGUUGAGCUGAUAGUGCUCACGAACUAUUGAAAACAUUAGAGCUAUGAACCCAGAACUUAAUUUGAAACGACCAUUUAAUUUCCCAAUAAAAGAUUUCGACCGACAUAGCUCAAAACUGAUCUUCUCUUAAAGACCUGCCUUUCCCAUAUCUAAGCUCAGUUUGAU